UUAAUAAAUUUAUUCGUAAUAAUUUUCCUUUUAUUCGUGGAAAAGUUAAGAAAUUAUUGAAAAAUAAAGAUUACUUGUUUGAUAGAUUAUAUAACAUUGUUAAAGAAAGAAGGAUUGAAAUUGAAAAUACACCAUUAGAUCAACCACUUCGUCAUGAUAUGUUGACGUCUUAUAUAACCGCGAAUACACCACGUGAUAUCAACGUUUUGAAACAAGCCGACGCUGAUUUAUUAAGACCAAUGACUGAUAAAGAAAUUUUUGCGAAUUUUAUUUGCUUUAUAAUAUAUUCUCUUGAACAUUAUCCAGAAGUGAAGCAACGAUUGAGACAAGAAUUUGAUAGAGUUUUCGAAAAUGACUUAACAAGACCAAUAACAUAUAAAGAUCUUGAUAAAUUAGAAUAUUGCGAUGCGGUUACCAAAGAAAUAAAUCGUCACUAUCCUGUAGCUUUUUUUAUUG